GGAGGUCCGUGGGUCUUGUAGGAGGCGGUCACCGGAGGUGGGAGCGCAACUAAACCUUCGGUGGUCCUCAAGGAUUAUUAGAAGCUGGCUCAACAACGAAAGUCACAGAGCGAGCAGAAAAAACGGGAAAGAAAUAAACCCUUGCAGUUGACUUGAAGGUCAACAUUUCUAUCAGAAAAACCGGCACAUCUCAUUUGAAUUUAUCAGCACAAUAUAUGGAAAACUAUUCAAAAUCAUCUCUCAGCUGAUGGUAACUCAAUAACUGACUAGGAGAAGUUAACGGGACUGCAGGCUGCAACUUUGCCACGCUUUCUUUCUUUAAUUUGGAAAACCAUUCAAGGGGCCUAUAAAUGCAACGCUGUUUAAUUUAUGAGAAGACAAUGGCACAAGAGACAAGGAAUGGAGGAAGCUCUUCCCGGAAUAACAACAACUGUAAAGACAACAGCAGGAGAAAGUUGCUGGUCGGUAUGGAUCUCGUCUGCUUGUUUUUAGUGAUACUCUUUGCUGCCUUUCUGCACAAGUUUCCCAUCGUGCCCCACCGGAGGGGCUUGUUCUGCAAUGCCAGAGGCAUCAGCCUGUCCUAUAAGAGCAGCACGGUGCCCACCACUGCCCUGGUCGCUGUCGGGUUCACUGUGCCCGUCACCUCCAUCAUCAUUGGGGAGAGCUAUAGGAUUCACUACCUGAACGAGGGCUCCAAGUCCUUCAUAGGGAACCCCUACAUCUCCGCCCUCUACAAGCAGGUGGGCGUGUUCAUCUUUGGCUGCGCAGUCAGCCAAUCGUUCACGGACAUCGCCAAGGUGUCGGUGGGCCGUAUGCGACCCCACUUCCUGGACGUGUGCAAACCCGAUUGGUCCACCAUUAACUGUUCCCUGGGCUACAUCACAGACUACCAGUGUCAUGGGCCUGAGAGCAAAGUCCAGGAGGCCAGGAAGUCGUUUUUCUCUGGCCAUGCAUCCUUUUCCAUGUACACCAUGCUGUAUCUGGUGUUCUACCUGCAGUCCAGGUUCACCUGGCGUGGAGCCCGUCUCCUGCGCCCCCUGAGCCAGUUCACCCUCAUCAUGAUGUCUUUCUACACCGGCCUGUCCCGCGUCUCCGACCACAAGCACCACCCCACAGACGUCCUGGCUGGCUUCGCACAGGGAGCCUUGGUGUCCUACUGCAUAGUGUUUUUCGUAUCUGACCUGUUCAAGCCCAGAGGCAGGAAUUCAGCUCUACCAGUGACCCCAGUAAAGAACCCCACCAACCCAAUGACAGACAUCAGAGAGAGGAGCAACCACCUCACCAUGGCAUAGUAAAGACCACUAGAGUACAGCUACCUACCGCUCUAGGUUUUAAAGAUCACUUACUUCAUCUACUGGUCUGUACUGGAUACAUUCAACAACCAGCCAAAGCAACAAGACUGAAAACUGACAUGUCUGUAAGGCACAGAGAAAUAAUAAACUGGAAAACAUUUGAAAAAAGAGGAGAGUUGUACACACACACACACACACACACGUUGUGCCUUUUGAACAGCCAGCAACACCCAUGUUGCUCACCAUCUCAUCUGACAUGUGAAUGUGGAAGAACGUGGGGAGCACGGCUCUCAAUUGUUAUGCGGAGGACUCUGUUUCUCGAUCGUGCUUUCAUUAGUGAAGGUCUCCAUGGAACCUGCUGCUCUACAGAUUGACUUGGUCUGGUAACUUCAGGAAACAUGGAUUCAGGCUCAUAAUUCUGCCUAUGACAGAAACACAUGAACAGAAACAAAUUCCUUGAUUACAGGAAGGAUGUUUAUUUUAUGAAUAAUCUUUGUUAUAUAGACGAGCUAUAGCACUAUAUCCAAACUCGAUAUUUGAUUUGAUUGUCACCACUUGAAUAAACUGAAGUGAAGCUUUUUUGUAAAGCUUUGUAUUAAAAUCAGCUUUUAGGUCUCCUGAAAUGUAGUUUGUAUAGAAGUGUAGUUAUAGGUAAUGGAGGUGUAGUAGUGUAUACAGUAGAUAGACAGGUGGGUCUCUUUCUGCUGGUUGGGACGAGCCUCCACUGAGCCCUGUAAUGAAAUAACUGUGUGUGCCAGAUGGCUACUCACAAGUGUGAGGACAGAGUGACUGUGAGUGUGUGAGUGUGUGUGCGCGUGCACUGCCAUGAGUGUGUGUAUGUGCGUGUCUGUCAUGUGCCAGUAUCUGAAUGUCAUGUCUAUAUUUGAGUGAGUUGGUGUGUCUUGUCAUAAAUGCUUCAGGUUGAAGACCGGGAACAUGAGGCUGCUUCAACAGACGUUUAUAUUAAAAACAGGAAAACUGUGGAAUUAUACUUUCUUAUAGCUUUGUGAUACAUUGUGUAAUGAUUCACAGAUACUGUGCCAACGGCACCAACAACAAAAAGAACCCCAUCUCUGUGACUACGUAGUAUAUCCUGUCCUUUCAUGUCAUUUCAACCACACAGCAAUAUCUGUUUUAUUUUUUUAGAUAAUUUAUGUAUCAGAGAAUUAUGUACAAUAUCAUUUAUCUACCUUUUCAUGAAAUAUCCACUAUGAAUUUUGACGUGUCGAUGCCUGUGUAAUUGUGCUGCUUCAACAAGCAAUGAUUGCCAGAAGUAAUUUAGUGAAAUUACAACUUUUGUGAGUAUUCAAACUUUGUAAAAUAGCUUUUUUUUAAAGACAGCUUCAAUACAUGUAUAUUAAAAUAACCUUUUAAUAUU